UCCCCGGUCAACACAUGAAUAACCAGAAUGCGCGUUGGGCGCCGUACGGCCUCGGGGGCGGAAGAGGCGGUGCCGAAGGCCAACCGCCGGAGGGGCCGGAGAUCAUAGUCAUCAACGAGCGGGAGCUGCGGGCGUUCAUCUUCCGAGUGUACCUGUCCACCGUCGGGCUGUGCCUCCUUUCGGCGAUUCCGUGGACCGUCCUGUCGGCGCUCGUGGUGAACGUGUACAAGGAUAUUCCGGUGCCGCCGUUCGUGUGGCUGCUAAUGUCCCUGAUCAUCCUCACGGUGCUCAGCUGCAUUCGGCAGACGCCCGCCCUGACCCUGUUCUGCUGGGGUUUGGUCCUGGGAUCCCUGUUCUUCGUCACCCUGUACGGAUCGUACUACAUGCAUCUGGUAAACGUGUGGGUCCUCCUGGUGGCCAUGGUGCUCGCCGGCGCCCUCCUGGCGCUGCUGCACCUGUACGGGGCCAAGAGUCCGGACAUUUUGCUGCCUAACCUCAUCUGCACCUGCUGCAUCUUUCUACUGGCCACCAUCACCAUGGUAGUGCUCCUCAUCCUCUUCCUGGUUAUCCACGACCUGCGCUACAUGCUCGGCUUCGCUAUUGUCUUCGUCAUCCUGAUCAUCUUCAUGGCUCCAUUCCAGGCCCGCUAUAUCUGUGGAAGGCUUCAGCAAGUGCCCUAUGGGGAGACCGCCAGCUCCGCCAACGGAAUCUACCUGCACUUCGUCUUCCUGCUCUGCUGCAUGCUGAUCUUUGUCCUUUACUACAAGUCCGUGAAUGCAUGAGAGGACGAGUCACGUUUUGGAUGUAGUCUAGUUGAAAAGUAUAUCUAAGAUGGUGUAUACGAUAAACAGAGAUGCAAUUUUA